AAAGGAGAAUCUCAUUUAUCGUUCUUAACUGUUUUCUUACUAUCCUCUCUCUCCAACAUCUACCCAUCUCCACUACACGGGGCCCCUUUAAUUUUCCUCUCUAACUAUCAUAUUCUGCUAUUCCUGAAGCCUUAUACAUCCUCACCUUUAUUCUUCUUCCAAAAAGAACCUGCACACCUUUUUCUUUCACCUACAACACAAGCACAUAUAUAUACUACUGCCACCGAUGCACACCGAGUUGGAAACCGCUGUUUUGCUUGACCAAGCACCCCAAACCAAGUUGUUCGACAAACAACCCAUGCAAGACAAGCCCGUGUACACGCGCAGCGUCAAAGAAGUCAUCAAGGACAAGCUCGACGCGAUGUCUGUCCAGAAAUGGGAACUCGAUCAAGAAAAUGCGUUUUUCGUAGGCGAUCUGGGUGAAGUGUAUCGCCAGCAUUUGCGUUGGAAGGCGUUGCUGCCACGAAUUGAGCCCUUUUUCGCCGUCAAGUCCAACCCCGAUCCGAUGGUUGUCAAGCUUUUGGCGUCGUUGGGUAUUGGCUUUGAUUGCGCCAGCAAGUCCGAAAUCCAACAGGUCUUGAACGUGGGCGUCGAACCUUCGCGCAUCAUCUACGCCAAUCCUUGCAAGCAAGCCUCGUUCAUCCGCUUUGCUGCGCAACACAACGUUGCUCGAAUGACGUUCGAUAAUGCCGAGGAGCUGUACAAGAUUAAGAAACUGUACCCUGACGCCGAAUUGCUGCUGCGUAUCCUGACUGAUGAUUCAAAGUCGCUUUGCCAGCUCGGGCUUAAGUUUGGUGCUCCUUUGGACUUGACUGAGGACUUGUUGCAGACUGCAAAGGACUUGAAUCUCAAUGUUGUUGGUGUCAGCUUCCAUGUGGGCAGUGGCUGCUACGAUGAGAAUGCAUUUGCGGAUGCGGUGGUCCGUGCACGUCGUGUGUUUGAUCAAGCCGAGAAAGUUGGUCUUCCGGCUUUCUCCAUCCUCGAUGUUGGUGGCGGAUUCCCUUCGAACAAUGUCAAGGAGGGUAUAACGUUCGAAAAGGUCGCUGCUGUCUUGGGUCCUGCUGUGGAUGCCUUGUUUCCGCCUGAAGUUCGUGUCAUCGCCGAGCCAGGUCGCUACUAUGUAGCUUCAGCGUUUACUGUCUGCACUCAUGUUAUUGGUCGCCGUACCGUUGUUGCUGAAAAUGAGACGCAGUAUAUGUAUUAUGUCAAUGAUGGCAUGUACGGCUCGUUCAACUGCAUCUUAUUUGACCAUCAAGAGGUGUACCCACAGGUUUUGACGCGAGGUGGCAAAUUGGCCCUUGAUAAUGAAGAGAAAAACAACGUGAAGGUGGAGGAUGAUAAAGGACCCACAUUCACCAGCAGCAUCUGGGGCCCUACAUGUGACUCGAUCGAUUGUCUUGCCAAGGAGGCCAAGUUGCCCGUAUUGGAUGAUGGUGACUGGAUCUACUGGGAGAACAUGGGCGCAUAUACCAUUUGUGCCGCUUCCAAGUUCAAUGGCUUCAAGCAAUCCGAAGUCAUUUACACAAAUACUUUUGAAUAAGAGCUUUAUUUUCUCUAGUUUAGAAUCUACUCAUCAAAGGAAUUACCAGUCCAUCCCUUUAAUUUCCCUUUUUUUUCACAAAUUAAAGGAUUACUAUCACAAAGCUGAAGAUUAUUCUCUCAAUUAAAAGUAUUAUAAUAAGCCAUUACAUUAAAAGUGUGCUGCAAUCAUAUUUAUAGACGCAUAAAGAACAGG